AUGUCACCUUAUCUAAACAACGAGGAAGCGACCAGAGAACAAAUCAGAGGCGGAUGGAGAAAAACCGGAGAUAUCGGGUACUAUGACGACGACGAAAACCUUUACCUCGUCGACAAAUUCAAGGAAAUGAUAAAAGUACACGGUUAUCAGGUCAUUCCCUCCGAACUGGAAGCGUUACUGGUCACUCACCCAGGAGUUGCCGAAGCGGCUGUCGUAGCCAUUUCUGAUCAUGAGGCUGGAGAGAGGUACUUCUUGAAUCCUCUUAUUUUUCUCGGUUAA